AAUUGCAUGCCGAACAGUAGCGCACGCCUCUGUUUUCAGGCCGAUCCCCAGUCCAGUAGAUAAUUAGUCGAGCACCAGAGUGGCCACCUAUUCUGCCUCUCCCAUAACUUGCAAAUUACCUAGUCUUCUCCCUAUGCUCUGUCUCCCAUUCACUAAUCACUACGGAUAAAAACAUAGAGUUAGAGAGCCUUUUAGCUAUAUAUCUUUCUAUCUACCAGCAGCAGGUAGCAAUGUCUGAUAAAAGUAGUUCAUCGUCCAUCAAAUAUCAGGAGAUGGAGCUACGGCGAGGUCCCUGGACUCUAGAGGAAGAUUCUCUCCUCAUCCACUAUAUUGCCUGCCACGGCGAAGGUCGCUGGAACCUCCUCGCUAGGUCCUCAGGGUUGAAGAGAACCGGCAAGAGCUGCCGUCUCCGGUGGUUGAAUUAUCUGAAGCCGGACAUAAAGCGCGGCAAUCUCUCCGCCGAGGAGCAGCUCUUGAUCCUCGAACUCCACUCCAAGUGGGGCAACAGAUGGUCUCGGAUCGCACAGUAUUUACCAGGGCGAACCGACAACGAGAUCAAGAACUACUGGCGGACGCGGGUGCAGAAGCAAGCGCGGCAGCUGCGGGUCGAUGCCAACAGCAGCGUCUUCCGUGACGCCGUCCGCUGCUACUGGAUGCCGCGACUGCUCGACGAGGCCUCCGCUUCCGCUGCCAUCGCUGCCGCCGCCACUCCCUUGUUCUCACAGCACCCACCUGACCCUCAGUUUUUACAUCGUCAAGAAUUUCCUCAAUUACCCACCGAGAAUUGCAACUCCCGAGUCCUCAUCCCUCACAUGCCCCAAUCCUCCUCGAACGAUCAGGAUCAGCUCGCACGAUUCGAUCCUCCUCCAAUGGAAGCCGCCGCCAUAACGACGCCGGACGAUGUUAACUUUGAUCCGGCCUUCAACAAUUACUCCAGCAAUUGCAGCGAUAUUGUUAGCGACAUGACUAACGGUGAGCAAAGCGAAUGGGGUAUGGAUGAACUCUAUGGCAUGCUGAGAAGCUACAUGAAAUACUAGGUAGAAGACCAUUAAUUAUUCCGAUCCCGAUCGAUCAGUAUAACUUGGAUUGAUAUAUAGGUAAAAUUAGUGCGACUUGCGAAUUAUCAUCUGUAAUUGUUAUGAACAAAUUCAUAGGGGGAGAGAGAUGGUGCAUCAUA